AUGCAAACAUUAAAGGUCUGCACGCUGCUGGCGUUCUUCCUCGUCCUCGUAUCGGCCAGAGGCAGCAAGCGAAGGGAUGGCAUCCUCACGAUAACCGAUGAUGAGCGGCGGAACAUCGAGGAUUUUCUGCUGGCCAAGCUGAAACAGAACUGCAGGCAAGAGGAUGACCGUGCCUGCAGGAUGAUCAAGAUGUCCAUUGUUAUGAAUCACCUGUACCUGAACACUCGCUUGGACUUGGGCGACCGAGUAAAGGUCACGGAGAACUGGAACAUUUCGAUGGUACCAGAUGACCCGGAGGUCAACCAGUUGCUAGCACGUUCCAUGGGCUCCGAUGAGGAGACGUUUGCCCUGCUGAUGGCCAACAAAAUGUGGAAGUACAUCCGGUCACGUUCGCUGCGCUACAAGUUCACGGACAAUGCCGACUUUGUGAUGAACAGCGAUCCGGAGGGCAGCCUCAAUAUUGGCGUCUCCGUGCGGCCCCUAGAGGCACUACAGGAGGGUCGUGGCAAGAUGAAGAACAUGGGUCCCAUGCUCAUGAUGAUGGCGGCCAAGACGGGCAUGGUCGGCGCCUUACUGCUUAAGGGUUUAUUCCUGCUGGCCGGAAAGGCUCUAAUUGUGUCAAAGAUUGCCCUGCUGCUGGCGGUCAUUAUAUCGCUGAAGAAGCUUCUUUCCAGCAAGAAGACGAUUGUCGAGGUGCCCUCCCACCACGACAGCUACAGCUCCGGCUGGGCGCGUGCCUUCGACGGCUUCGUGGAGGGCCUGGUAGAUGUGCCGGCCGAUAUUCUGGCGAAAGAGGUGCAGCACCAGCAGGAGUCCCACGCCCAGGACAUGGCCUACAGCGCACAGCAGCCGGCCAAGGUGACGCAAUAA